CUGCACUGCAUUAUGCAUCAACUGGUUUCGCUUUGGUUUUGCAUUUCACUUGUUGCCACCACCAUCUUCACUCUCACCCGCUGCACUCCGUUUGAGGAUGGGAACAACAACAAUGUCAAGAUCACCAAGCGGAGCCUGGAGCUGACACAAACCAUCAAUAUCCAGCGGCAGGAGUAUAUGCAGCGGCAAUGCGAGCUACUCGGCGAGCACACCCAGACCCAGGAGGAUCUCACGGAGCUGCAAAUGGAUCAUAUGAUUGUGGACAAGCAGCACAAGCUGCUCUACUGCUAUGUGCCAAAGGUUGCCUGCACGAACUGGAAGCGAGUGCUGAUGCUACUAACGGGGAAGUGGCAUAAUGGCACAGAUCCCCUGCAAAUCCCCGGUUCUCUGGCCCAUUCGGUGGGCAUGUUCGCCAAGUUCUACGAUUUGAGCGAUCAAGAGAAGCAGCAGGUGCUCAGCGAAGACUAUACGCGCUUCAUCCUGGUGCGGCAUCCGUUCGAGCGGCUGCUUUCCGCCUAUCGCAACAAACUGGAGGGUGAUUCCCCGAGUGCUCGGUACUUUCAGUCGCGUGUGGGCAGGCAGAUUGUGCGAGAACUGCGCCCGGAAGCCAGCAACAAGUCGCUAGAACAUGGGGACGACGUCACGUUUGGAGAAUUCGUGGAGUAUCUGCUUACUCCAGAGCUCAGCAGGGCCAAUCAAUCGGCGUACAAUGAGCACUGGGAGGUGAUAGCCAAGCUGUGCAAUCCCUGCGUAAUGAAAUACAAUGUUGUGGGCAAAUAUGACACAUUGCUGGAUGAUUCCGCAUUGGCGUUGUAUCUGGCCGGUGCCACAAAUCUGACAUUCCCCACCGGCCACAAGCCCUCCAGCACGCGUGCCAAUCUUCGUAAAUACUUCGAUCCCCUGCCAAUCGGUGCCAUACGCCAGUUGUAUGAAAUAUACGAGGAGGACUUUCGCUUCUUCGACUACGGCAUGGACGAUGUUCUGGGCUUCGAAUUCGGCUGAAUGAAUGAAUUUGUAAUGUGAAUGCUCUCUGUUAUGUCCGAGUCACUACCAUAACGCUUUCCACUGGAAAAGAAUGUGAUUUUUAUCAUAGGAUUCGUAUUAGCAAAUAUUGGUUUAGUUAACGUUUAGUGAAGCGCCAUGCGAAUAUUAUUUUACAUUCACCCCUCUCCACACAAAUAUCACAAACAUUAUUCGAUUAUUACUCGUAGUAGUUGUGUUCGGUUUGUUUAAGAGAUUAUUAAUGCAAUCAAAGUGUUAAUUUGUUAGGGAAAUUAUACUGUAAUCAUACGUUUACAUAUUGU